AUGAGUGAAAUUCAGCAACGAUUACAAGUGCCUUCAGUAGUGCCUUCAGUAGUACCUCCAGUAGUACCUCCAACCCCUCCUCAUGUUCCUACUACUGCAGGUACCCCUGUUUCCACUCAGUCGAAAUCGGCACCACCAUCACAACCACAAGAUCUCCCAUCUCACCAUCACCUUCAUCAACCUCAUGCUCCAUUAUCUGUAUCAGCUACCAUUUCCACAUCUUCAUCUAUUUCUAAUUCAUUAUCUCCCAGUUCACCUUCUCCAGCGACUGUAGCACCACCAGCACCACCAUCUGCUGGUGUUGGUGCUACUACUGGAGCUGGAGCUGGAGCAGCUUCAGUGACUACAGUUAAACAAGAACAGUCAGAAAAGAAGUCUCUUGUACUGACAGAUUCAGCAACUCCAUCUAAUCCAGUUCAUCCCAAUGCUAAGACUAUAACUCAUGUAAAUAAUGGUACUACCACUACAAAGACCAAUAUCACCAGUCCUGUGUGUCGUAAUUGUAAAACUCAAACAACUCCUCUUUGGAGAAGAGAUGAAACCGGUCAAGUAUUAUGUAAUGCUUGUGGUUUAUUUUUAAAAUUACAUGGUCGUCCUCGUCCAAUUAGUUUAAAGACCGAUACAAUCAAGUCAAGAAAUAGAAUUAAACUGCAGAAUGGUAAUGGAACUCCAAAUAGUCAGAAAUCAACAGCUCCAAAUACUCCUGAAUUAAAAUCUAAGGAUUCUUCUUCAUCAAAUAAUUUGAAUUUAGGUAAUAAACUUGGAUCUAGUUCGGGUAAAAAAUCACCUAAAUCAUCUAAGAAACACUCUAAAUCAAAUUCUCAACAUUCAGCUUCAACUGGAGGAACUUCUUCAGAUCCAAAUUAUUCAUCUUUAACUCCUUUAUUACCGGCUUCUGGAAAUUCUUCAACUACAAAUACUCCAACUGGUCAUCAAACUGGAACAACUCCUCAUCAACCAUUCCCUCAUCCUUAUUCAAAUCAUCCUCAUCAUCAUCAUUUACAUUUACCUCCUCAUUUACAAGCAGCUUCAUCUCAUAUAGUUCAACCAUUACAUUAUCCUUCAUCUACUCCUACACAAUUUGCUCCUGGAUCUUUAAGAAUUACAUCUCCAUUAUUAUUAUCGAAUUCUCUGUCAAUUUCUAAUACAAGAACAAGUUCAGCAAAUAAACUUAGUUCAAUUCAACAAGCAGCAGGAGCUUUGGAACAUAUGUCUGCAGAAUUAGGACCAAGUGCCACCUUUAAAUUUGGUAAUAAUAAGAAUUCUACUGGAUCUCAAGAUGGUAGAACUAUUUCUGGAGUAUCAUUAAUGAGUGGAGGAGUUAAACGAGAACCAAAAUCUUCCUUACUUGGUAAUUCUUCAUCGAUUUUCUCAUCUGUUCAACAACCACCAAAAUUACCAGCUUUAGGUCAACGAUCACCAAAUCUUGAUGCUCAUUCAAGAUCUUCAACGCCUGGUUUACAUGCAGUUCAAUCACCCAUGUUACCCCCUCUUCAUCAUGCUCCUACAGCAAAUUCAAAUACAACUGCAUCUACCACUGGGUCAGGUUCGGGCUCAGGUUCAAAAGAUCCUUUGAGUGGUUUACCACCAUUCCCCAGCUUGAAUGCAACCAAUAGCACAGGUUAUACACCAUCACCAGGUGAUAGAGAUGGUAAUGAGCAUAAUAACUACAAUAAUAAUAAUAAUAAUGGUAAUAAUAAUAAUAAUAAUAAUAAUGGUAAUAACAACAAUAAUAACAAUAGCUCAUUAUUAUCCAACCAUGAAGUAACAUUAUUGAAGACGAGAAUAUCGGAAUUGGAAUUGGUCAAUGACUUAUACAGAACGAGAAUCAUGGAAUUAGAAGCAAUGGAACAAGCAGCUAGAUUAAGAGAAAGUAGUAUGAGAAAGAGAUUAGAUGAAGUAUUAAGUUUAAGAAACUUACCGGUGAAGAAUACCACUAGUUCAGUCAAUGAAUCAAACACCAAUAAGAAUGUUUCAAGUUCUACUACUGGAUCAUCUAUACCUCCAAGUACAGCUCCAAGUACGGCCGGAUCAGGAGGAUAUUCACCUCAUGUAAAUUUAACUCCUAGUUCUGUAUCUUCUAGUGUUUUGGCCCAAAUCAGAACUCCAGCUCCAACAUCCCAACCAGCUCCUCCUUCAUUACCAGCCAGUAGUUUAAUUUAUUUAACAGGAGCUAAUCCUACUACUACAACUCCAGCAGGAACUGCUAUUCAACCUCCAACGUUUAAUAGAUUUGAUACUAAUGCUGUACUUCAUCAACUCUCACCGGGCUCAACUCAUCAACCUCCACCAGUUACAACAUUACCAUCAAUUAGAAGUGUGACUGAUUCAGGACCAGGAUCUAAUUCAGGUUCAGGACCUAAUUCAUCACCCAUUGUAUUACCUAGUUUAAAAAGAGAGAAUGAUGAUGGAUUACAUGAAGUUAAGAAACCCAAAUUGGGUUAA